GGCGCGCUCCGAGUACGCGCGCAGGCGACCAUGGCGUUCUCUGGGCAGGAGCGAGUACUUUAACCCCGGGAGGCGGCGGCAGCAGCGGCAGCGACGGAGCCACCCUCGAGCGGGCGGGCUCCUGCUUGAGGAAAGGGAGGAAGGGGCGGAGAGAGCGCCGGAGGGAGGCCGGUCGGCCAGCGAAGCGCCGAGCGGGGCCCGCCGGUCCAUGAGGAGGCCCCGGGACCAUGGGCUCCAGGAUUAAGCAGAACCCAGAGACUACAUUUGAAGUGUAUGUGGAAGUGGCCUAUCCUAGGACGGGUGGCAUUCUUUCAGAUCCUGAGGUGCAGAGGCAAUUCCCAGAGGACUACAGUGACCAGGAAGUUCUGCAGACUUUGACCAAGUUUUGUUUCCCCUUCUAUGUGGACAGCCUCACAGUUAGCCAAGUUGGCCAGCACUUCACUUUCGUGCUCACUGACAUUGACAGCAAACAGAGAUUUGGGUUCUGCCGCUUAUCUUCAGGGGCCAAGAGCUGCUUCUGUAUCUUAAGCUACCUCCCCUGGUUCGAAGUGUUUUAUAAGCUCCUUAACAUCUUGGCAGAUUACACAACAAAACAACAGGAAAGUCAGUGGAAUGAACUUCUUGAAACUCUGCACCGACUUCCCAUCCCUGACCCCGGAGUGUCUGUUCAUCUCAAUGUGCAUUCUUAUUUCACUGUGCCUGAUACCAGAGAGCUUCCCAGCAUACCUGAGAAUAGAAAUCUAACAGAAUAUUUUGUGGCUGUGGAUGUGAACAACAUGUUGCAUCUGUACGCCAGCAUGCUGUAUGAGCGCAGGAUCCUCAUCAUCUGCAGCAAGCUCAGCACUCUAACUGCCUGUAUCCAUGGCUCAGCAGCCAUGCUCUACCCCAUGUACUGGCAACACGUGUACAUACCGGUGCUGCCCCCACACCUGCUGGAUUACUGCUGUCCCCCUCCCUCGUCAGCCCAAAGAGCAAUCAGGGCUCUCCGUCCUGUGGGAAGUCCAAGGAAAACCCUCCUCCGUCCUGGUCUCGUAAGUGCUCCCAUGCCCUACCUCAUAGGAGUCCAUUUCAGUCUAAUGGAGAAGGUCAGAAACAUGGCCCUAGAAGAUGUCGUGAUCUUGAACGUGGACACUAACACCCUGGAAACCCCUUUUGAUGACCUCCAGAGCCUCCCAAAUGAUGUGAUCUCUUCCCUGAAGAACAGGCUGAAGAAGGUCUCUACAACCACAGGCGAUGGGGUGGCCAGAGCCUUUCUCAAAGCCCAGGCUGCUUUCUUUGGCAGCUACCGGAAUGCACUGAAAAUUGAGCCGGAAGAACCCAUCACCUUCAGUGAGGAAGCCUUCGUGUCCCACUACCGCUCUGGAGCCAUGAGGCAGUUCCUACAGAAUGCCACACAGCUGCAGCUCUUCAAACAGUUUAUUGAUGGCCGUCUAGACCUUCUCAAUUCUGGCGAAGGUUUCAGUGAUGUCUUUGAGGAGGAGAUCAACAUGGGCGAGUAUGCUGGCAGUGAUAAGCUGUACCGUCAGUGGCUGUCUACAGUGCGGAAAGGAAGUGGAGCAAUUCUGAAUACUGUAAAAACAAAAGCUAACCCAGCCAUGAAGACUGUCUACAAGUUUGCAAAAGAUCAUGCAAAAAUGGGAAUAAAAGAGGUGAAAAACCGCUUGAAGCAAAAGGACAUCGCCGAGAAUGGCUGUGUCUCCUCUGCAGAAGAGUCCCUGCCAAAGACCCUGCCAUCCACACUGGAAGAGGCCAAGGACCCCAGACUUCGAGAAGACCGGAGGCCUAUCACAGUCCACUUCGGGCAGCUACAAAGACUCCAUCCCACUCGGCCACCGCCUCCCAAGAUCCAGCGCUCAAGGCCCGUACGGCCACCUCGUCCGCAUGUUGUCAAGAGACCCAAGAGCAAUAUCACUGUGGAAGGCCGGAGGACAUCUGUCUCAAGCCCUGAGCACCUGGUAAAGCCCUUCCGACACUAUGCUGUUUUUCUCUCUGAAGACUCCUCUGAUGAGGAAUGCCGACAGGAAGAGGCCCCGAGCACCAGCUUCACUGAAAGCUUUUUCUUCUCUGCUCCUUUUGAAUGGUCUCUUCCUCCUCCCAGCACCUUGGGUUCAGCCUGGCCACAGCCAUACCGGACAUUGAAAGAAUCCGACAGCGCAGAAGGCGAUGAAACUGAGAGCCCAGAGCAGCUAGUGCGAGAGCCCCGGGGGCCUAUCCCUGCCCCACCUGACCGAGCUGCCAGCAUUGACCUUCUAGACGAUGUCUUCAGCAGCUUAGACAUGGAGGCAGCAAUGCAGCCACUGGGCCAAGCCAAGAGCUUGGAGGACCUCCGGGCCCCCAAAGAUUUGUGGGAACAGCCAGGGAGCUUUGAUUACCAGAGGCUGGACCUGUGCAGAAGUGAGCGGGGCCUUAGCGUGGCCGCAGCCUUGAAGCUUACUCAUCCAUAUACAAAGCUCUGGAGUCUGGGUCAGGACGACAUGGCCAUCCCCAGCAAGCCCUCCACCACCACCCCUGAGAAGCCCUCAGCUCUGCCUCAGAGACCCCAGAAGCAGGAGGGCAUCCUGAACCCCAGCACCAAGGAAGAGGCUCCCACCCAAACUCCAGGCAGCAUCACCAUUCCCCGGCCACAAGGCAGAAAGACCCCUGAGCUGGGCAUCGUGCCUCCACCACCCACUGCCCGCCCAGCCAAGCUCCAGGCUUUCGGCGGCCCAUUUGGUGACUCCUCUUCAGAGCAGCUCCAGAUGGACCAGCAAAGACCAGCUGCCCUAUUGCCAGGGCUGCUUCCCAGUGCUGUCCCCCAAGGCCCCAUAGAACUUCUGCAGCCACUCAGCCCAGCCCCAGGAGCUACAGGCACAGGCAGUGAUGCCCUGCUUGCCCUUCUGGACCCACUUAACACAGCCUGGUCAGGUAGCACCAUCCCACCACAUCCUGCCACCCCUAGUGUGGCUGCCCCAUUCACCCCCCAGCUCAACUUCCCUCCCACAGUGACACCUACCCCUUUUGCACAGCCACCACUCAAUCCCUUUGUCCCAUCUCUGCCAGUAGCUCCACCCACUGUGUCCCUGGGCUCUACUAUACCAGCCAGGCAUUUGGGGACACCUCCAGCGUCCCUGGGGCCAGCAUAUACACCUAGCAUCUUAUUGUCUGGUUCUGGCUUUUAUGGCCCUCACAGGUCUCAGCCCAACCUAUCUGCCCUCUCCAUGCCCAAUCUCUUUGGCCAGAUCCCCAUGGGUGCCCACACUAGUCCCCUACAGCCACUUGGCCCCCCAGCUGUUGCCCCUUCCAGGAUCCGAACAUUGCCUCUGGCCCGCUCAAGUGCCAGAGCUGCUGAGGCCAAGCAGGGGUUGGCCCUGAGGCCUGGUGAGCCCCCACUGCUGUCUACCAGACCUCCCCAGGGUCUAGAACCAGCCCUGCAGCCUGCUUCUGCACAGGCCAGAGACCCCUUUGAGGAUUUGCUACGAAAAACCAAGCAAGAUGUGAGCCCAAGCCCAGCCCCAGCCUCCACCUCUGUGGAGCAGCUCCGCAGGCAGUGGGAGACCUUUGAGUGAGCAGGCCUAUGCCACCGUCCAGUACCGUGCCUCCCUGUGUCCCAUUUCUGACCAGGUCCCACUGGGGCAAAGGGACUCUCGCUGCCCCCUCUCCUUCACAGCCCAUCUCUGAGGCCUGACCCUGGAAAUGGUACCAUCCCAGAAGAGCCACCUGCCCCCCACCUCAGCACCCUAUGUAGGGUUUGCACUAGAGGUCAGCUGGGCCAACCAUAUCCCACCGCCUUCCUUCCAGUUACCCAAGAGUAGGCAAGAAGCUCAAGCCCUCUCUCAGGCCCUUUACCAGGCCCUGCCCCACAGGGCACAUGUCAGUAAUGCCCGUGUGAGCACAUCUUUGGGGACACAGGUAUUUGAGGGGCUAAAGUGGCCACUCCUGGGAUGACAUUUCCGCUUGGUGGGCAUCUCCAAACAUCUCUAGCAAUAUACUCUUUCCUAACCACCAAACCUGAGUUGUUCCUGGGGGCCAGGGGGGGUCUGGGCACCCGAGCUCCAAACCCAGCUCCAGCCAGCCCUUUGAGGGUUUGGGAACACCAGCAACUCCCCAUUAUAGGAGAAACCCACAAAUCUGAGCGUUAGCUCUCUGCCACCCUCACACCUCUGGGCAUGCCAGUCAUAGUUCAGGCUCGGCUUCUUGCCACUCGGAGCGUUAUAGGCAGAGCUGGGCAACAGUGACCCAGAUUCCAACUCCAAGGACAAGCCUCCUGCACAGACAAAGGGAGAGGCACAGCUGUUUGAGCUCCUAGGUCAGGACCAGUUGGGGCCUCAGGCUCCCCCAGAUUCCCCAUGAAGUAAAUAAAUGUGGCCUCUAAGCCUGAGACAGGUGGGGGCCUGGAAGCCAGCCCUCCCCAGUCUCCAGCUUCUCGCCAGCGCAGAAAUUCCUGAGGCCAAGUCACCAAAGUUAUGAAAUGUUUUGUUAUUGUUUCUUUGAUCUUGCUUUUCCUUCGUACCUUAUUGAUUUUGAUGAAUCUUGAAAAUUGAUUCCUUUCAAUAAAUCAAGGUAAAACACA